AUCAAGACUUGGUUCAGCUUCGCUAGGAAUAUUUGAUAUUGACACCGUGGUACUGUUCAGGUCGAGAAUAUGGAUUAUACAAGGCAAAUUUAUCGGCCCAAAGCCCAAAAGCAGGCUGAACGCGAUUUCGCAGCCUUGUCUUGGGAUCUCUGGCCUCCACUUUUGAAUAUCCAAUCGAUGCUGUUAUAGAUUGCCUUGAAGGAUUUGGCCCCAUUUGACCCUGGAAUGGCUGUCAAUCAUUACUCUAUAGUGCAAUUGGAAGCAUUGAAUUCUGUACAGCCGCAUGAAAUCGUCCUGGAGGAGGUUUGGCCUCCCCGGGCGUCCACACUUCGACUUGAUGGAUCCUUUCUUUCUCUCUUUCCACUCCAUCUUGUGUUUCCCUUUCUUCACCUUAAUCAUGGCGGCAUUCCUGGUGUUUAGCUGUCUGCUUUUUGCACAGCACAGUCUUCAACAAAAUCCUUUCCCAUUAACCUGGUCCUCCACGACGUAUGGCCCAGAUGGCCCCUGGCACGCCGUGACCGUCCAGCUGGGCAGUGACCUUCAGCUAGUCGACCUCUAUCCCGGUGGUAAUUAUGGCAGUACAGUGAUGUCGUCGAGCCUCUGCACCAACACAAGCUUUGGAUCAACCUGCUAUGCGGACAAAGCCGGCACAUACACGCGGUCCACGUCGCAUUCAUCGAUCAAUGGCUCGGCCAGCUUUUGGGAAUCUUAUUUGUGGAGCUAUCCGGGGGAACGUGAAGUCCAGAUUGUGCUGGAUAGGAUGACGAUUUUCAAUAAAAACGAUAAACAAUAUGAGAAUAAUAUCACUUUGUAUGUGAUAGACAACGCCUCCAUGACCUACCCUGGAAACAUCAGUUACCAGCCCAGCGUUGGGUUUCUGUCUCUGGGUGCACCCUCUGAAACGCUGAACUACCCCCGGAAUAGCCAGACCAAGGGAUGGUGGAUCACGAGUCGGCUGUGGGAGGAUUCGAUAAUUCCUUCCAUUGGAUACGGAUUGCAUCUUGGGUCUGCGGCCACGGAUCCUCCCGUUGAGCCCUCUCUCUAUCUGGGUGGGUAUGAUACAAAUCGCGUGCUGGGCGAGAUUAGCACCCAGUCCGUCUAUUCGGGCGGCGGCAGUCUCAAUGGCGGGCUGGUCAUCCAAUUGAAUGACGUUGCUCUCGGUGUAGAAGAGGGAGACUCGCCGUUUUCUUUCCAAAACAAGACCAAGGCAGGUCUGCUGCAGACAAACGGCACCAGCCUUGGCUCCUCUCCUCAGCUGUCAAUCAACACUAUCCAGCCAUACCUCUAUCUCCCCACCGCUACCUGUGAAGCUAUUACCGCCUAUCUGCCUGUCUAUUAUAACACCUCCCUGGGCCUCUAUAUCUGGAACACAUCUGACCCUAACUAUGAAAUAAUUGUUAAAUCCCCCGCCUAUCUCUCCUUUAACUUUAUUAAAGACAGUGAUAAUAACAAGCAACUCGAAAUCAAAGUCCCCUUCGCCCUUCUUAACCUCACCCUUGAAGCCCCCCUUGUUGAUACCCCGACCCGCUACCUCCCACUCGCCCAUCACGAUACCAACCUCGUCUUCGGAAGAGCCUUCAUGCAAGCCGCCUUUAUCGGCGUUAACUGGGGCGCUGAUAACAGCUCUGGCACCUGGUUCCUCGCCCAAGCACCAGGCCCUAACCUCAUUAGUACUCCGCAUAUUGAAUCAAUGAAUGCAGGGACAGAUAAUAUUACUGGCUCUUCAAGUAGCUGGGCAAACACCUGGUCUAGUUACUGGACUCCUGUUACUGAGACCUCUUCUUCCAGCGGUCAAUCCUCCAGCACAAAGUCUAAAAUCGGGGUUGGAGUUGGAGUGGGAGUUGGAAUUGGCGGUGCGCUAGUUGUCUUGGGUGUUGCGGCAUUCGUUCUUCGCCGUAAGCGUGCGGCGAGACAGCAUGCAGUAGCCGUUCAGUCGCAGGAUAUGCUAAUAGGAUCUCAAGCACAGCAUCCGAAGGAGUUGGGCGCGGGUAGAGAAAAUAUUCCUCCCGUGGAGGCGUCAGCUGAUACGCAGCCCCGGCAGCGUCAUGAGCUUGCUUGAUUACCGGGGUUACUAUUAUAGAUAUAUAUCCCUUGAGUGGGUUAGGAUGUUUAUGAUGACUUUGGCUUAAGGGUUUUUCUCCUGUACAUAUUAAUACUUGAUAACAAUUGCGGAUAAGGUUACGUGGUAUUUAAGCUCCGGUUCUCCUAUAUUUCCUAGGUAGGGUACUAAUGUGACAUUCCUACUUGGUGAAUAGUUGGGUGGGCGACCAUUAGCGAAUCCCUGCUGUU